CCUUUCCCAAACACGUCUCUUCUCUUCUCUCUUCGUCAUCACCACCAGCACGCGCGCGCGCGCGAGUAGUAGUAGUAGCCCUCCAGAGAGUCCACCAGACAGAGAGUAAAAUGGACGGCGUCUUGGCCGGCCGGCCGACGGAUAGAUUCCCCCCACUCGGAGCAGCCAUCGGAUCAGACCGGUCAGGACAGCCAGGCUGACGCACUCAGUACACCUCGGCAGCCAGAGCUGCUCGUGAUCCAGCAGCUAGCUAGCUAGCUAGCUUGGUCGAGACUCGAUCGAGAGAGAUCUCCUCUCCUAUAAGUACAUCGGCUCGUCGUGGUGCAACAGCGACGGGAGACAGAAAGAGCUUCAGCUCAGCUUGCAACUGCAACCACGCACUCAGCUAAGCUCACACAUCGAUCUAGCCGGCGGCGAUAGGCGACGAUGGUGGGCAUACAGCGCGCCGACCCGCUGGUGGUGGGGCGGGUGAUCGGCGACGUGGUGGACCCGUUCGUGCGGCGGGUGCCGCUGCGGGUCGGCUACGCGUCCAGGGACGUGGCCAACGGCUGCGAGCUCCGCCCGUCCGCCAUCGCCGACCAGCCGCGCGUCGAGGUCGGUGGCCCGGACAUGCGCACCUUCUACACGCUGGUGAUGGUGGAUCCGGAUGCUCCCAGCCCGAGCGAUCCCAGCCUCAGGGAGUACUUGCACUGGCUGGUCACCGACAUCCCGGCGACGACAGGCGUAUCUUUUGGGACUGAGGUUGUGUGCUACGAGAGCCCUCGGCCGGUGCUCGGGAUCCACCGGCUGGUGUUUCUGCUCUUCCAGCAGCUCGGCCGUCAGACCGUCUACGCUCCGGGCUGGCGGCAGAAUUUCAGCACCCGCGACUUCGCCGAGCUGUACAACCUCGGCUCGCCGGUCGCCGCCGUCUACUUCAACUGCCAAAGGGAGUCGGGAACUGGUGGAAGGAGGAUGUGAAUUCUCUGACACUAGUCGUCAACCCGUGCGCCUGCACAGGCUAGUAAUUGGUGAAAUCGAAUCAUGGAGCCAAAAAGGAGUUGUUUCCAAAUUUAAUUGUGAAAAUGGUUUUGAUUUUCAUUAUAUAUAGAAUUAUAUUUACAUA